AUGAUUGUGGACUUCAGGAAGAGCACUGUCCCCCCGCCCCCACCCUCCGUGAUGGACUCCCCCAUCACCUCUGUGGAGUCCUUCCGUUUCCUGGGCACCACCAUCACCCAGGACCUCAAGUGGGAGCCGACCAUCAGCUCCCUCAUCAAGAAGGCCCAGCAGAGGAUGCACUUCCUGCUGCAGCUCAGGAAAGCCAAGCUGCAGUUCUACACGGCCAUCAUCGAGUCCAUCCUCACCUCCUCCAUCACCUCCUUCAAUCGCCUCCAUCACCUCCUCCAUCACCUCCUUCAAUCGCCUCCAUCACCUCCUCCAUCACCUCCUUCAAUCGCCUCCAUCACCUCCUCUAUCACCUCUUCUAUCACCUCCUCCAUCACCUCCUUCAAUCACCUCCUCUAUCACCUCCUCCAUCACCUCUUUCAAUCGCCUCCAUCACCUCCUCCAUCACCUCCUCCGUCACAUGCAGAGACUACAGCGCAUUGUGCGCUCUGCAGAGAAGGUGAUUGGCCACAGCCUCCCAUCGCUGUAGGACCUCUACGACGCCCGAGCUUGAGGCCGAGCUAG